AACAUGCCACGUGGAAAAUACGUUAACCAUAAGGGCCGCAGCCGCCACUUCACAUCGCCCGAGGAAAUGCAACGGCAAGAAGAUGAAGAAGAAACUUCCAGCAGUGGAGAGGAGGAGGAGGAGCAAGCGGGAAGUAGUGGAAAGGUAAAAAAGGUGGUUCCUGGCACCAUGCCAUCCUCUUCCGAGUCCGAAGAGGAUGAUUCUGAAGAAGAAGACCGCGAUGCCAAAAAGGGUGUUGCCAGUUUAAUCGAAAUCGAGAAUCCAAAUCGUGUUGUAAAGAAGGCAACCCAAAAAAUUGGCAACCUAAAUAUUAGCGAUUCUCCAGCAAAGCCGGAGCUAUCCCGGCGAGAGAGGGAACAGAUCGAGAAACAAAAGGCACGCCUUCGUUACGAAAAACUUCAUGCUGAAGGGAAGACUCAGCAAGCCAAAGCGGACUUGGCCCGUCUUGCUCUAAUACGACAGCAAAGAGCCGAAGCAGCAGCUAAACGGGAAGCGGAAAAGAAACGGGCUGCAGAGAAGAAGGCAUAG